GCCUUUCAACUCCCUCCCCUGUAUCUCUCAUAUCACCUCUGCUCUGCUGAAACUGCUUUUCUUCUCCUAGGCAUUAUCACAAACACUUAAAUCAAACUUCAAUUGCAGCCAAAUUCUCCAUGUCUAGACCACAACAACGAUAUCGUGGAGUCCGUCAACGACAUUGGGGUUCUUGGGUUUCUGAAAUUCGACAUCCUUUAUUGAAAACAAGAAUAUGGUUAGGCACAUUCGAAACAGCAGAAGAUGCAGCACGAGCAUAUGAUGAAGCAGCAAGGCUCAUGUGUGGACCAAGAGCACGCACAAAUUUCCCUUACAAUGAUAAUGAUUCUCAAUCACCAUCGACAAAGUAUCUGUCUUCUGCUUUGAUAGCUAAACUACAAAGAUGUCAAAUGAAGUCUCUUAAUAUGGAUAAAAGACCUGGAACGACAAAAUUAGAAGUUCAAGACAGUCAGUUAUAUGCACCUUUGAACAGAGGAGAUAAUGGCAUUGGCAGAAGAAAUGGGCAAAUGAGUGUUGAUAUGACAACGAAUCGGGUAGAUUAUGAAGCAGAUAGUAGUACAGAAGAAUUCAAGACACUAGAAGAUCAUCAUAUAGAGCAAAUGAUUGAGGAGUUGUUAGACUAUGGAUCAAUUGAGCUGUGUUCUGUUCUUCAAGAUUAGGCCAUGAAUGCAAAUGUACCACUGCUUAAUUACCUUCCCUCUUUCUUUCUCUAAUUUUUCACUCAGUGCCAAGUUUUAAAUGUAUAGUUGGUAGCUUUAUUAGCAUGAAAUGCUCGAGGUAUUUCAGUAUCCAUAAAAUUAGUUGGAUUCUUUGUUCU